AUGAAUGAGACCUUGUGUGGCACUGCAGGCGGGAAAGGUGUGGACUCGAAUGCGGUGGACACUUACGACAGCGGUGAGAAGUGGGACAUCGGUGUAGGAAAUGUGAUUAUCGACCUUGACCUUAACUUAGAAAAGGGACAAACUCGAGAAAUGUCUGGAACCAAGGACGGAGGGGGUAUGACGGCUCCGCCCAGUGCUGUCGCAGCUUUGCCUGACAACAUACGAUUGGGUCCUGUACCUGGCCCUCAAGGCAAGGAGAGCAAAUCUAAAUCAAAACGCAGCAAAAACUCAAAAGACAAUAGUAGCAAGGUCUCAGCUUGAGACUGGGGCCAAGAAAGAAGCGCAGACACGCAACCCAAGGGGAACCGACAAACACUGCAGCUACUGCAUUAGCCACUAGCAACAACUCCACCACUGGCAAAGGAAUGGAGAAGGGGUGGAAAAAAGUCUCUCGGAACAGUGGUAAAAGAUAAGGAAGGGGCAAGUGGGAAAAGUAAGAAGGAGAAAAGCGAGGGAGUGCCCGUGGUGGUAAUAGCUGCCACUGAAAAGGAAGUGGUUUCUCAAGCUCAAGUAGCUUUGGGG